GUGAUGCUAAAGGUCACUUCCUGUUCACUUCCCGCCGAAGUAGUGGUAACAUUACGCGACUGAAUUUCGUGACAGUCAGCGUUACAUUUUACGUAAGGAUACAUUUCCAAAGACAGUUACGAUACUAGAAGUUGAACACAAAAUGCCAGCCUACAAACUGACUUACUUCAACGGACGGGGCACUGCUGAGAUAGUCCGGCUGGUGUUCGCGGCAGCCGGGAUAGAGUACGAAGACGUCCGGAUUGAGAAGCCCGAAGAGCAAUGGCCCGAGUUCAAACCGAAGACUCCAAUGGGCCAAGUUCCGAUCCUGGAGGUGGACGGGACGAUGUUGUGUCAGAGUAACAGCAUCGCGCGUUACGUCGCCAAAGUAGCAGGAUUGGCCGGUAAGACGCCCCUGGACCAGGCUCGUGUGGACAUGAUUAUGGACGGGAUGGAAGACGUGGGGAAGAAGGGCAAUGCCACACACUGGGAGAAAGACGAAGAAAAAAAAGCUGAAAAGAAGAAAGAAUACGAGGAGACGUUCCUACCCCAGUUCUAUACCUGCUUGAACAAGCUGGUCGGUGACAGCGGGCACUUCGUUGGUAAUGAGCUGACGUUGGCUGAUAUUACCUUCUUCAACACGACGGAUUUAGUGGGACGCUACUUCAAACUGCCGAGUAUGGACCAGUUUUCCGGACUGAAGAAGGUCAUGGAUCACGUGACCUCCAACCCUGGGAUAGCCAAGUGGCUGAAGGAACGGCCAGAGACGCCGUUUUAAAUUCGCACCACAGCAAGAAAUUACUAUCACCAUUUCUUCUUUCCUAUAAGUACAAGUUUAGCACCUUAAUAGUUGGGGCGGUGCUGGAUCG